GUUCCCGGCAGGCGGGCACCAUUCUUCAGAAUAAAGAAAGCGCCAGAACGGUGCAGUCAAGAAAAUAACCGUUGUGUGUGUCCGUUUCAAUUUACUACUACAGGCUGACUCAGAUUAAGUCUGAGGCCGGUAACAUCAACAGUGACGACAAACCCAGCCUGCCUCUCUCCUUCCACACUGAGUCCAAACCGACAGUCACUGGGUCCUGAUUGUGACAGUGGAGCCCAGUUUGCACAGCAGGAUCCAGAAAUGGCAUCAGUGAAGCUGGAAGACUGCAGUCAAAUACUGGAGCUGAAUGUUAACAUUAAAGAUGAAGACGAGGAGAAGAUUGGGACAUCUGUUUCUCAUGGCCGACUCAGAGCAAGUAAGAGUCCGGUAACAUCAACAGUGACGACAGACCCAGCCUGCCUCUCUCCUUCCACACUGAGUCCAAACCUACAGUCACUGGGUCCUGAUUGUGACAGUGGAGCCCAGUUUACACUGCAGGAUCCAGAGAUGGCAUCAGUGAAGCUGGAAGACUGCAGUCAAACACUGGAGCUGAAUGUCAACAUUAAAGAUGAAGAAGAGGAGGAGAAGAUUGGGACAUCUGUUUCUCAUGGAGAUCAUGUUGAGACAUUCUCUACAUCCAGAGAGCAACAGCAGGAAGAUCACAGAGCUAAGAGGUCUCACCACUGCCCACACUGUGAGGAGAUUUUCCCAAUUCUAUCAACGCUAAAAAUCCACCUACAAAUGCAUACAGGAGAGAAUCUGUAUUUCUGCACUGACUGUGGGAAGAGAUUCAAAACAUCAUCUGAGCUAAAAGUUCAUCAAAGAACACACACAGGAGAGAAGCCUUACUCCUGCUCUGACUGUGGAAAAUGCUUCAUAACAUCAUCUAAGCUAAAAGUUCAUCAAAGAACACACACUGGAGAAAAGCCUUACUUCUGCUCUGAUUGUGGAAGACGUUUCUCUCAACCGAGCCACCUAAAACAACAUGAACGCAUACACACAGGAGAGAAGCCUUACUCCUGCUCUGACUGUGGGGCGAAUUUCUCUCAACUGGUCCACUUAAAAAGUCACCAAGGUAUACAUAAAGAAGGUAUACAUAAAGGAGAUAAGCCUUACUCCUGCUCUGACUGUAGGAAGAGCUUCUCUCAACUGGGCCACUUAAAACGUCACCAAGGUAUACAUAAAGGAGAUAAGCCGUACUCCUGCUCUGACUGUGGAAAGAGUUUCUCUCACUCGAGCUACCUAAAACAACAUGAACGUAUACACAGAGGAGAGAAGCCAUACUCCUGCUCUGACUGUGGAAAAUGCUUCAUGACAUCAUCUGAGCUGAAAGUUCACCAGAGAACACACACAGGAGAAAGGCCUUACUUCUGCUCUGACUGUAGGGCGAGUUUCUCUCAAUCGAGCCACCUAAAACGUCAUGAACGUAUACACACAGGAGAGAAGCCUUACACCUGCUCGGACUGUGGGAAAUGCUUCAUAACAUCAUAUGAGCUAAAAAAUCAGUAUGAGGCCGAGCGGAGCAAGUGCGACACCUACGUGUUUAAGAUAAACACCGUCUCCCAGGUGGACUCUGCGAUACAGCAGAAUACCACCCUAGGAGGGUGCAGAUGCUCCCCGCGCACUUGGCACUUGACAAAAUCGUCAAACUUCCGCAUCUUUGACCCCGGUCCUGGAAAGCCAAACGACACUGAGACGUUCUUAGCAGACAUAGAGGACACCUUGGAUGACUACCCUAAUGCUACAUAUAUCGACAGGCUUUACCUGUUGAAGCUAACGUCCAACAGACAUAUGACAAGGUUCACCCGUCUACAACAGCAACACGUGCAAAACGACUACGCUGAACUUGCCACGGCUUUGAAAAUAGAAUUCAGCGCUUCUGAGACUCGCAAACAUGAUAGCUCGUUGGCUAACAAUGUCAAACAAGCACGAAAUAAACACUCACAAGCCUACUAUCAUUGUUCAGCUUACUUUGGCAUGCUCACUGAAACAGGAAUAGAAGAGCUAUUGCCUUUCAAACAACUGUUUCUGUCGAACAUGUAUCCCAACUUCAUUGACUUCUUGGGCCCUACUGCCCACAUUGCCAAAGGGCCCUUUGCCAAUUUCGUCACUUCUAGAGCUUGCGAGCACAGCUAA